CCGGACUGUACCAUAAAGUUGGUCGGAGGGGUAGUCGUCUUCUUUUGCUGGUGUCUGUGUACAUUUAAUAACAUUGUAAUGGUUUUACUCUUUUCAAUUCUAGAAUAAGAGAGUUGACAGCCUCGGUGUGUUGAUGUCACAUCAGACAUUGGUUGCAGGGCCCAUGUGUCUCCUGAUGGGACUGGUCGAACCCCCCCGGCCCUGCGCGCUAAGUCAACCAGCCGACUAACUGGCGUUCCUUUUCACUUUUAGACAAAGUAUCUGGAGUAACUUUCAUACCAAGUUAACGCUUUUAACGCCGAGUUUAGCUCCACAUUUAGUUUAAUAACGGCUGUUAAGGCGAACAUGGAAGUACUUGAUGUGCUGGAAGUUGAAGCCUGCUAGCCAUCUUCGGCGAGCCGUCGGCCUUCCGAGGCUAACCCGGCGGUGUUCAGCGUUAGCAGGCGAGCGGCUCGCAGCCGGCCAGAUGCUUCCUUUACGCUGUGGAGAAUGUUGAUGUGUUCCUGUGAGAAAGUGGAUUUUAACAUUGCCUCCCGCUCCGUGGCUCGGCUUGUUUUCGAGGCCGAGCAAGAUAACAGAAACGGAGGAAACUCUUCCAAUGGGAGUACGGCCAGUAACUCUCCACGCAGCACCCCCGGCAGCUCUCCCUCCCUGCGGCGCAGGGUCCUCGGGGGUGGCAGGGCCAGUGAGAGCGAGGGGGGAGGAGGAGAGAAGAGCGGAGGAGGAGGAGGAGGAGGAGGAGGAGGGGGUUCAGAUAGCCCCCUGCCAUCCAUACCAUCUGCCUCCUCGCUCACAUCUGCCUACCCACUUGCUUCUCGGCACUUCAGCCGCAAUGCCAAGAAAAUGCAGAGCUGGUACAAUGUUCUCAGCCCGACAUACAAACAGCGGAACGAGGAUUUUCGUAAACUCUUUAAGAAACUUCCUGACACAGAGCGACUUAUAGUGGACUACUCCUGCGCUCUGCAGAAGGACAUACUGCUUCAGGGCCGCCUUUAUCAGUCGGAGAAUUGGCUUUGUUUCUACAGUAACAUCUUCCGCUGGGAAACCACUAUCACUAUCCUGCUGAAAGACGUCACCUCUAUGACCAAGGAGAAGACUGCCAAGCUCAUCCCAAACGCCAUCCAGAUCAGCACCGACAAUGAGAAGCACUUCUUCACAUCCUUCGGAGCAAGGGAUCGCAGCUUCAUGAUGAUUUUCCGUCUGUGGCAGAACGCCCUGUUGGACAAGUCUCUCUCCCCCAAAGAGCUCUGGCACAUCGUGCACCAGUGUUACGGCACUGAACUGGGCCUCACUAGCGAAGACGACGACUAUGUCUCCCCCACCACCGAACACAUGAACGGCCUACUGCCAGGAGACGAGUCUGUGUCGGUUACGGAUCUACUAGACCUGAGCUCAGUGUCGGUGUCCUCUACGGGCAGCUUUCCCCCUCCCCUGGUGCCCUGUGGUCUGGCCAGCCCUCCCUCAGCCUCUCCCCCAUCCUCCGCCUCCUGUCUGCCCAUAGAGGUGCCUUCGUCAUCUGAACGCAGACUGAGCUCUGACCCCCUCGAACCCAGUCCGCCCAGCUCCCACAGCUCGCUGCCAUCCACCACUCCCACCAACAUCUCUGCCUCUGCCUCCUUUAAUCUAGAAGAUGGAGGGGACAGCCUGUCCGAGUCAGCCAAUUACAUGCUGCCCCCGUCAACCACCAGUCUGGGAAACCUCUCCUCAUUGGACAUAACCAUCGAUGAGGAACUGCCCACGGACCCCAGCAACUCCUCUGACACGCAAGAAGAGAGUGAGGUGGAGUCGUUCUGCGCGGACCUGAACGGCCGGCUUCACAUCAACAACGCGCUCCGCAUGAGUGUAGACAAGCUGCACGACCUCCUCUUCUCUGCAGACAUCCACUUCAUCCAGCACCUCUUCUCCCAGAGACACUUUACUGACCUAUCGGUGGGUGAAUGGCAGCCGGACAGCAGCAGUGGGACUACCAGCCGUGUGCUUAGCUACACGAUCGCCCUCAACAACCCCCUCGGCCCCAAGACCGCCCCUGUGGUGGAGACACAGACGUUGCAUAAAAGCAGCGCCCGGGGCGAGUGCUUCGUGGUGGACUCGGAGGUCAUCACCUCAGGCAUCCCCUACCAGGACUACUUCUACACGGUCCACAGAUACUGCCUCACCUCCAUCAACAAGCACAAGAGUCGGCUCAGAGUUUCCUCAGACAUCUGCUACAGGAAGCAGCCGUGGAGCCUAGUGAAGACAUUGAUUGAAAAGAACACCUGGAGCGGCAUUGAGGAGUACUACAGACACAUGGAGAGCGAGGUGUGCAAGCUGGAGACGCUGCUGCAGACGGAGGUUUCCGUUGUCACCACGGGCGACGCCGUGGGCGCCGACGCUGCCAAGACGCCACCGGCCCUGCGCCGCCGCAAACGCACCUGCUCUCGGCGGCAGGGCGAGAAGGAGAGAGAGAGGGAGGGAGGAGGCAUGGGCUCCGGGGACCGAGGGGACCGAGGAGUCGGAGAGGAGAGGGACAGGAGAGAAGCCGGUGCUCAGUAUAUUAAUCUGGGCGGGCGCUCACGAGGAGGACCCAACAGUAUAUCCACCAUCCUCCUCAUCGUCAGCUUCAUUCUGGUGGUGCUGGUGGCUCUCAACAUGCUGCUCUUCUACAAGCUGUACGCUCUGGAGAGAGCAGCCCACACCUUGGAGACCUGGCACUCCUAUUCUGUUGCUGACAGUCCUUUACCCCAGACAGCUGGAGAGUGGGCUCAGGUCCUGCAGCUUCAGAGGCAGUUCCACCAGGCUCAGCUCAGCAAGUGGCAACAGAUCCUGCAGUCCUCUGUCACUCUUCUCGACCAGAUGAAGCAGUCCUUAGAAAAGCUCCACCGGGGCAUCGUGGUCCCAGAGGUGCAGCGGGAUCCCUCCGAUGAGGAUGAUGAUACCCUCCCAGAGUCCCUGUCAGAGGCCUGAGCCGCCCCCCCACUCCACCCCACCACCCCCGGUCUCCCACUUCUGAACACACCCUGGUGGACUGUAGAGUUGAAAAGUGGGGACGUGCAAUUCUCCUGACUGACUUGAAAAUGACCCUGUUCACCUUCAGCCGGAUCAGUAACUCCUUCAGACUGGAAGCCAUCAGGACCACAGCUGCAAGUCACCUGUAUGUAGUGAAUGGAAACAGGCCACUGGUGGGCCGACGCAGACCAUCCACUCCUCAAGAACCCCCCCACACACACCCCCCCCCCCCCCCCCCCCUCAUUUAAUCACUCACAGACUUCAGUUCCUCUUCUGACAUACAACAUGGGGAUCAGUGGGUCCUCUUAGUGGGUUAGAUACCCGUUGCCUCUACAGUGAACGCCUGCUGAAACAAAACGGGGGGACGCCACCCGCUGUGUGGAUGUGACACACAACCGGCCAGAGGGGGGGGGCUCCCUCGCUCUCUCCGUCCGUCAGGCAUUUGUUCCCCCGUGUCAGAUUUGAGCCCCCCCUCAAAGGGACGAGAAACAUUUCAACACCAGACACUUUAGUUUCAGCUUUAUUUUCCUGAUGUAGAUUAUACAUCUGAAAAUGAAUCUCAAACACCACCCCACUCCUCCCACUCCUCCCACUCCUCCCACGCCUCUCGUGGGGUUUUAAGUUUGUUUGUUUUUCAAAAUCAGUGUGUUGGGUUGUUUGUGAGGACAACAAGCUGCGUCUGACUGGACCGACAGUAUUUAUUAUAACAAUGACCUGAAUCCUGCUCUGAAGAAGUCAUUGGUGGUUAUUGUGUGCUCUGAUUUGCUGUUACAGUACGGACCAAGAGGAGCUCGGCGAGAUCGAUUACUGGUCACAGCAAUAAUGACAAUAGUGAUGCUAGUACUUUCUGAAUGUUCCAAACAAAGUAGUAUAUAAUAAUAAUAAUGAAAAAAUGUGUGUGUGUGCAUGAGUCCUCAGUGUUUCAGAUGUUACAUUUUCAUAUUAGCGUUUCUUGAGUUUGAGAUUUCACGUUGGGUUGCUCCCUCUUCUUGUCGCACAGACAUUAACAGCUGACCCGAUCAGGUGGAACCCGAUCAGGUGGAACCCGAUCAGGUGGAGACCGAUCAGGUGGAGACCGAUCAGGUGGAACCCGAUCAGGUGGAACCCGAUCAGGUGGAGACCGAUCAGGUGGAGACCGAUCAGGUGGAACCCGAUCAGGUGGAACCCGAUCAGGUGGAGACCGAUCAGGUGGAGACCGAUCAGGUGGAACCCGAUCAGGUGGAGACCGAUCAGGUGGAACCCGAUCAGGUGGAACCCGAUCAGGUGGAGACCGAUCAGGUGGAGACCGAUCAGGUGGAACCCGAUCAGGUGGAGACCGAUCAGGUGGAGACCGAUCAGGUGGAGACCGAUCAGGUGGAACCCGAUCAGGUGGAACCCGAUCAGGUGGAGACCGAUCAGGUGGAGACCGAUCAGGUGGAACCCGAUCAGGUGGAGACCGAUCAGGUGGACCCCGAUCAGGUGGAACCCGAUCAGGUGGAGACCGAUCAGGUGGAGACCGAUCAGGUGGAACCCGAUCAGGUGGAGACCGAUCAGGUGGAGACCGAUCAGGUGGAGACCGAUCAGGUGGAACCCGAUCAGGUGGAGACCGAUCAGGUGGAACCCGAUCAGGUGGAACCCGAUCAGGUGGCUACUUCGUUGUCCCACUGGGCCGACGUUUGCAAAGACUACAAGGACCAACCCCAAUUCUGGAGGCCCAGGUGAAGAAAAAAGGGAAAAAAGUGUUGCAGUAUUGUUUUUUUUGUUUGUAAGAUUAAUUCUCUUUUUAUUCGAUUCAUUUUCUAUCUUUGUUAUUUUGUCAUUUAUUUCCAGCCUGUCCUCUUCCUCUUCCUCUUCCUCUCUGUUUCACUGAACAUGGCGGCUACAGAAGCAUGUGGGCCACGCUGUGCAUGGCCAUCCGCGGGUAACAAAACGGUGUCAUAUUUAUUUAGAGUUGGCGGGGGGGUUCAGGGAGAGAGAGAUGAUAAUGUACUGUAAAGAUGUGAUUGCACACCGCUCCAUGGAGAGAAAUGAAAAGUAAAGCAUAAACGAGUCCUCGCUCA